AUGGCGGUGAGUAGAAGUACGGCGUUGGGAGCGCCGCCAGGCAGACCGCGAGCAGCAGUGACAACGUGGAAGGCGGCAGUACCGACGACGUUCCACCACCAUCACCACCACCACCGCGAUGACUUCCGCGAGCGGAUUAAACCCGGCGCCGGCAUGUUUACCGGCGCGCUGACGCAGCGACGGCUCGCCCGCCUGCUAGCCGUCGCCGCCGGUAUCUUCAUGCUGGUGGUCUUCGUUGCGCCGAAAGGACUACUUGAGAGCCCCUGGAGUCCGGAGUCGUCAGACGAGAAGCUGAAGCACGAGGCGGACCGGCAGAUGGACGUGCUGACGGUGGCGGACACCAACACGGGCAAGCGCCGCUUCGUCAUGGACCGACUGCGCGCCACCUUCACGCGCAACACGUGGGGCUCCGACCGCCAGCGCAAGGCCGCGGGGCUGCAGGAGGCGUCCGCGGACGGCGCAGGCGGCGGAGGCGGAGACGUGGGAGCGGUUGGCGGAGCGGGCGCGGGCGCGAGGCGUGCGGAGGAGGUGAAGCAGCCGGAGGAGGUGUCGGGGGAGAAGGUGGAGAGCCGUCAGAAGCCGCUGCCGGUUAACUUGCCGGCCGUCAAGAAGAAGAAGCGGCGGACGGGGCCGUUUAGCCGGCGGUCGGUGCUGGAGAAGUCGUCCGUGGAGGCGCUAGAAGCGGGGCAGAUGGCGCUUCGGGAGAUGCGCGCGGAGAUGGAGAGAUUAGAGACGUUAGAGCGCGAGGGGAAGAAGGACCCGCGCGCGGAGGGCACAGCCGCUGUCAAGACGUGUCAGAGAGCUAUAGUGCUGACGGAGGGGGAUGAGGAACUCAAAAGCGGGGAUAUUAAGCUGCCGUGCGGGAUGCGCGUGGGUUCCGCGAUUACGGUGGUGGGCAUGGUACCGUCCACGCCUGCGGAAGCGGGGCGUGGAGGGGCGGCUCCCGGGCAUGGGGGGGCGGAAGCUGCGGGGAGGGAGGCGGGCGCGGGGGAGGUGGCGGCGGGAGGAAGGGGGACGGGCAGUGAAGGGUCGGCGCUGUCGUUUAUGCUGGAAAUACUGGUGAGUGGGGGGGAGUGGUGCCUGGGAGGGGGUGCUGGUGAGUGCGAGGGGGUGCCCCCCUCUCCCCCCUCUCCUCCCUCUCCCCCCUCUUCCUGGCUCUCCCCCUCUAUCUCCCCUCUAUCCCCCCUCUCUUCCGCCUCUUCCCAUCCUUUCCCCCUCUUUGUCCCCUCUAACCCCCAGGGGUCUGGUUCGAAAAGUUUCACCUGGACUCAAAAGCGCUCACCUGCUCUCGCUCCUGAGGGGACUUCACGUUUCACCUGGACUCAAAAGCCGCCUCUCAAGCAGCACCUCCCCUUUUUCCUUCGCCUGCUCUCGCCCCUGAGGGAGCAGAAGCACGUGCAGCAGCAGCAUCCCGCCUUCACCCUUCCGCAUGCUCUUUCUUCCUCGUCUCCCCGCUCCCCUCUCCCCUUCUCCAUCCGCCCUCUCCCCCUCUCCUUCACCCCGCUCUCCUCAUCCCCCCCUUUAAUCCUCUUAUCCAACCCCCCACUCCCUUUCCCGCAGGGCCUGGUGGUGGUGACACCAGCAGCAGCAUUCCUCCCUAACCCUUUCCCAAAUUCUCUUAUCCAACCCCCCACUCCCUUUCCCCAGGGCCUGGGCCUGGUGGUGGUGAAGGGCGAGGAGGCAACGCGCAUCUACCACCUGCACGCACACCUGACGGGCGACAGCAGAGGCAGCAGCGGAAUCAGUAGUGUUGUUGCCGGCAGUGGGGGCAGCAGCAGCAGCAGCAGCAGCGUGGGGGGCAGUGCAGGGGUGCGCGUGAUCGAGCAGAACACGUGCUACCGCGGACAGUGGGGCGAGUCGGUGCGGUGUGAAGGGUUUGCUUCCACUUACCAUGAGGAGAGAGUGGACGGGCAGAGGCGGUGUGAGAAGUGGUCGCGGGAGCGGGCGCGCACAGAGGAGGACCAGGAGCGCAUGGACGGCGCUGAAGGCGCGGAUGGCACCCACCUGGACACGGAGAAGCUGUCGGGGUGGCAGCGACAGGUGAGGGUGGGGUGGCAUCGGCGUGAGAGGGGCGUGUGGGAGGGGCGUGUGAGAGGGGCGUGUGUGGGAGGGGCGUGUGGGAGGGGCGUGAUGAAGCAGGCGGACAAGGAGGUGACGGAGGAGUGGCCCUUCCCAUUCCACGAGGACCGCCUCUUUGUGCUCGUUGUGCGCGCUGGCUGGGAGGGCUUCCACGUCUCGGUGGACGGCAACCACGUCGCGUCCUUCCAGUACCGCUCUGGCAACCCACUAGAGGAGGCCACGGCGGUGGCCAUCAGCGGCGCCAUCCGUCUCAAGUCGUUCGUCGCCACGUCGCUGCCGCUCGCCCCACCGCUGCGCACGGCGGACCUGGAGGCCAGCGAGUCGCUCAAGGCGCCCGCUGUGAGGGGGGACGUCAACGUGAGCAUGUUCAUCGGCAUCCUGUCCGCCACCAACCACUUUGCCGAGCGCACCGCUGUGCGCAAGACGUGGCUGCAGCACCCUCAGAUCCGCAGCGGGGAGGUGGUGGCGCGCUUCUUCCUCGCCCUGGGAGAGUCGCAUCAAGAAGCACAAUGUGGAGGUCGUGGCGCUGUCCUUCGUGGCUCGGGUGUUGCUGCCGUUGCUUUCCCUCUCUGGCUUGCUGCUUCCUCGCGCGAGCACCUCUGGCCGCGAUGCAGCGGCCUGGUGGAUUGGCCGUUGAUCGCGAGGGUGGUGCAUGCAGACAUGGUGAUGCAUGCAGACAUGGUGGUGCAUGCAGACAUGGUGGUGCAUGCAGACAUGGUGGUGCAUGCAGACAUGGUGGUGCAUGCAGACAUGGUGGUGCAUGCAGACAUGGUGGUGCAUGCAGACAUGGUGGUGCAUGCAGACAUGGUGGUGCAUCCAGACAUGGUGAUGCAUGCAGACAUGGUGAUGCAUGCAGACAUGGUGGUGCAUGCAGACAUGGUGGUGCAUGCAGACAUGGUGGUGCAUGCAGACAUGGUGAUGCAUGCAGACAUGGUGGUGCAUGCAGACAUGGUGGUGCAUGCAUCACAUGGUGGUGCAUGCAGACAUGGUGACAUGGUGGUGCAUGCAGACAUGGUGGUGCAUGCAGACAUGGUGGUGCAUGCAGACAUGGUGGUGCAUGCAGACAUGGUGAUGCAUGCAGACAUGGUGAUGCAUGCAGACAUGGUGGUGCAUGCAGACAUGGUGGUGCAUGCAGACAUGGUGAUCCAUGCAGACAUGGUGGUACAUGCAGACAUGGUGGUGCAUGCAGACAUGGUGGUGCAUGCAGACAUGGUGGUGCAUGCAGACAUGGUGAUGCAUGCAGACAUGGUGGUGCAUGCAGACAUGGUGGUGCAUGCAGACAUGGUGGUGCAUGCAGACAUGGUGGUGCAUGCAGACAUGGUGGUGCAUGCAGACAUGGUGGUGCAUGCAGACAUGGUGGUGCAUGCAGACAUGGUGGUGCAUGCAGACAUGGUGGUGCAUGCAGACAUGGUGGUGCAUGCAGACAUGGUGAUGCAUGCAGACAUGGUGAUGCAUGCAGACAUGGUGAUGCAUGCAGACAUGGUGGUGCAUGCAGACAUGGUGAUGCAUGCAGACAUGGUGAUGCAUGCAGACAUGGUGGUGCAUGCAGACAUGGUGGUGCAUGCAGACAUGGUGGUGCAUGCAGACAUGGUGAUGCAUGCAGACAUGGUGGUGCAUGCAGACAUGGUGGUGCAUGCAGACAUGGUGGUGCAUGCAGACAUGGUGGUGCAUGCAUCACAUGACAUGGUGGUGCAUGCAGACAUGGUGGUGCAUGCAGACAUGGUGGUGCAUGCAGACAUGGUGGUGCAUGCAGACAUGGUGAUGCAUGCAGACAUGGUGAUGCAUGCAGACAUGGUGGUGCAUGCAGACAUGGUGGUGCAUGCAGACAUGGUGGUGCAUGCAGACAUGGUGGUGCAUGCAGACAUGGUGGUGCAUGCAGACAUGGUGGUGCAUGCAGACAUGGUGGUGCAUGCAGACAUGGUGAUGCAUGCAGACAUGGUGGUGCAUGCAGACAUGGUGGUGCAUGCAGACAUGGUGGUGCAUGCAGACAUGGUGAUGCAUGCAGACAUGGUGAUGCAUGCAGACAUGGUGGUGCAUGCAGACAUGGUGGUGCAUGCAGACAUGGUGGUGCAUGCAGACAUGGUGGUGCAUGCAGACAUGGUGGUGCAUGCAGACAUGGUGGUGCAUGCAGACAUGGUGGUGCAUGCAGACAUGGUGGUGCAUGCAGACAUGGUGGUGCAUGCAGACAUGGUGGUGCAUGCAGACAUGGUGGUGCAUGCAGACAUGGUGGUGCAUGCAGACAUGGUGGUGCAUGCAGACAUGGUGAUGCAUGCAGACAUGGUGAUGCAUGCAGACAUGGUGGUGCAUGCAGACAUGGUGAUGCAUGCAGACAUGGUGGUGCAUGCAGACAUGGUGGUGCAUACAGACAUGGUGAUGCAUGCAGACAUGGUGGUGCAUGCAGACAUGGUGGUGCAUGCAGACAUGGUGGUGCAUGCAGACAUGGUGAUGCAUGCAGACAUGGUGGUGCAUGCAGACAUGGUGGUGCAUGCAGACAUGGUGGUGCAUGCAGACAUGGUGGUGCAUGCAGACAUGGUGGUGCAGGCAGACAUGGUGCAUCCGAGCAUCCAGGUGAACGUGGGGGUGCACAAGGAGGCCGCUCUCUACGGAGACAUGGUGAACGUGGAGGUGCACAAGGAAGCCGCGCUGUACGGAGACAUGGUGGUGCUGCCGUUCAUCGACCGCUACGACCUCGUCGUGCUCAAGACCAUCGCCAUCUGCGAGUUCGGGCUCCGCAACGUAUCAACCAACUAUAUAAUGAAGGUGGACGACGACAACUUUGUACGCCUUGACGCUGUGUUUGACGAGAUCCGAUUCGCCAACCAUGCGAGCGGGCUGUACAUGGGCAACAUCAACGAGUUCCACAAGCCGCUGAGGGAGGGCAAGUGGGCCGUGUCUGAAGAGGAGUGGCCAGAGACCAACUACCCGCCGUACGCCAACAGGCCGGGGUACAUCAUCACGCGGGACAUCGAGUGGCCGGAGACCAACUACCCACCAUACGCCAACGGGCCAGGGUACAUCAUCACGCGAGACAUUGCUGACUUCAUCGUGCGCAUGAAGGAGUACAAGAUGCUGCGGAUAUUCAAGAUGGAGGACGUGAGCAUGGGCAUGUGGGUGGUGCAGUACGGCAUCAACAACACCAUCCACUACAUCCACAACUGGCGCUUCUGCCAGUUCGGCUGCAUGGACGACUACCUCACCGCGCACUACCAGUCGCCGCGCCAGAUGCUCUGCAUGUGGACCAAGCUGUCCAGAGGCGAGGCCAGGUGCUGCACCUAG